AUGAUGAAGACUUGUCCGUUCGAGACGCCCCUCUCGCUGUCGGCGCGUGAUCGUCGAUCCAUGAGCAACAUUGCUCAGCGCUGCAUCGAUGAAACCAUGGCCGACUACGAGCACGUCCUGGCCAGCAAGAGCGGGCUCCCCGUUUCGACUCGUUGGAAGCAUGUCAAACGCAAACAGAACAUCACGGUGUACCAGGACCAACUCAUCAUCGAGGAGAUCAAGCGCCGAAAGCGUAAGGCCAAGUCGCUCGGAGAACUGAACGAGACGGCUCGAGUCGGAGAGGAGUUCUCCAAAAGUGUGGGCCCAGGCACGUGCCUUCCUCCUGCCGAGACGGAGGUGAACGAGUCCACGGAGCUGCCCAAGAUGACUUGGAUGGGGACGGUCGAGUGCGAGCUGGACGACCUCAUGUACGGCAUCGUCAGCCAGAACGACGAGGUCACGCGCAUCAAGGCCUCGUACUCGGGGGACGACAUUCAGGACUUCGCCACGCUGGCGUCUUUGGAGACGGCGACGCCCAGCGACCCGUUCCAUGGACUGCAGCUCAAGUGGGAGGUCCUCUCCAAGGCGAAACCAGUCUGGCAUCGCCGCGACUUUGUGUACCUCGAAGCUACAGGCAUCACCAAGUGCCGGUCUACGGGGCAACGCAUCGGGUACCAGAUCCUGCACUCGCUGGAUGUCCGUGGCGUGCCUGAACUCCCUGGACGCAAGUUGACUCGCGGCAAGAUGACCAUCUACCAGCUCUUCCGCCAGAAGUCCAAGGGCACCGUCGAGGUCUACGCCAAGGCGUCCAUCGACCUCGCAGGCGACGUUCCAGCCAGCAUGACGUCCUUCGCAACGAUCGAGGCCGCGAACUCGGUCAACAAGGCGGCAAAGUGCGCUCGUAAGCGCAAACUCAACUGGCUGCUGGCCACGGCCGAAACAAACGCGGUCAACUAUGGGGCAGACCUCAACGGUUCGUACUGCAGCGUGUGCAGCCGAGAGCUGCGCUCAGCCUUCGGCCGCAAGAGCUACUUCGACUGCCAGAUCUGCAUCAACCGCGUGUGCCACCGCUGCCACGUCCGUCAGAAGCUCAACUUCGUCGACACAGACAAGAACGCGUUCGCCAUCAAGCAGAAGGCGCUCGACUUGUGUACGCGCUGCGUGCACACUUCCACACAGAUGAACGCUCGUCGAGUGGCUCUCGAGGAGCGCGCGUUCGAAGAUCCAGCUGCAAUGUACAAGUACAUUUCUCGUCCUAGGAAGCUGACGUUGCUGGCCGAGAGCGAGUGCGUUAAGGAGAUCGAGAUUUCGAAAAGAACAACGGAGCAAGAAAUGGAUUGCCCCAGUCAGAAGACCGAUCUCCUGGAACGAGCUACAAAAGUGCUCCAUCGCUUCUUCUAA